AUGAUUCAAGAUAUUCCUCAAGCUUAAGAUUAAACAUUAGAAAAUGUAUUUAUUUCAGGAAUAGAUCCCUCUGUUACAGAAAAAGAAUUAUAAGAUUUAAUUAGGUUUACAGUAGGAUCACAACUACAAAUUUCGAUUAGCAAAAUUAUAGCUGCAGGAUAGGAAAGACUUCUCGGAGAAGUAAAAUGCAAGCUUGAAGAAGCAACUAUUCUUCACCACAAGCUCAAUAAUACUCAUCUCAAGAAUUGCUUUCUUAAAUUAGUCCCUUAAUCUUGCAUGAAAAGCAUUAUUAUCCAAAAUCUUCCUAAAGUAUUCAAUGAAAAGGACUUAUUUAAGAUUUUAAACGAACUUACUCCAAAUUCUUUGAAAAGAAUUAUUAUUGCAGAUAAUCCAGAAGUUGUUGGAGAAACAGUGGGAGUAGCUGUAGCAAUAUAUCAAAAUUAUGAAUUGGCAUUGAAAGCUAUUAAGGCACUCAAGCAACAAGGCGAAUUAUUUAAGUGUAAGAUAGAUGUAUGCUGGAAAGAACCUGAUUUCGAUAUAAUCAAGGAGCUUUCGAUGCAAACAAAAGUUCUUUGUGUUAAGAAUAUAUCUUCAUGCACAGAAACAAGCAAAAUAAAAGAUGCUUUUUCAGUUUAUGGAACAGUAGUUAGAAUUUAGAGAUACUCAACACAUGCUUUUGUUGAAUUUUUAAAUAUAGAAAGCGCUAAAAAUGCUUUAGCUGCUUUAAGUGAUAAGAGGUUUGAAGGUGGAAUAAUAUGGCAUAUCUACCCAGCUAAGAAGUUAGAUAUUGAAAGACAAUACGAAGAUGUUGAUAAAAACAGAACAUUCUCAAAAAAUUUUUUACCUGAAACAGACCAAUAAAUUUUAAGAAAGUUUUUAUUUGACGGAUAACUCCCUGCCCUAGAUAGCAAAGUAAGCUAAACUGCAUCAAAUUUGCUUUAGCACAUUAAAAGUAUGCAAUAAAAUAUGAUAAACUCGCUUUAAAUCAAGGCAGACACAUAUAGAUAGCUUUAAAAUAGCAUGAAUCCUCAGUAAAACAAUAACAAUAAUAAUAACAAUAAUUUGAAUAACUUGCCAAUUUAGUAAUAAAUCCCUGUUUAAAACAUGAUGAAUAUGUAAGGGGCAAUGAAUAUGAACUAAUUCUAAAUAAAUCCAAUCUAAGCAAGCAGUAAUAAUAAUAUUAAUAUGAAUAUGGGAAUGUAAUAAUAGUGGGGUAUGAACUGA